CGUUUGCAAUUUUAUCACAUCUCAACAACAUAGCGAGAGAGAGAGAGAGAGAGAGAGAGAGAGAGAGAGAGAGAGAAAAUGGUGGUGGGCAAGCUAAGAUACGAAGAGUUACGGAGGCAGAGGUUGGAAGAGAACAAGAAAAGGAUGGAACAACUCCAUCUCCCUCAGCUCUCUCAAGCUCUCAAAAAACACUCCUCCACUCCUACUCCUUCUCCGGUGAAGAGGGCGACACCUCGAAUCAUUCGGACAGAAAUGGUGGCUGUAAGAAGGUCGAAUCGCGUAGCCAACAAGCCUGCCCCUCUUUACACAGAAAUCAUCACUUAUGAACGCCUUGAGCUCCCCAGAAGGAAUUUGAAGAAUGGAAUGUAUAGGAGGAGGGAUUUGUCGAAUCGGGUUUACGCUUCGGAUGAAGCAAGGGAGUUGGCUAUAUCCAAAGCACAAGAGGUGGAAUCGGGUCUUGGAGGAGAUUAUCCUACUUUUCUGAAGCCCAUGACCCAGUCUCAUGUCACUGGUGGGUUUUGGCUGGGCCUUCCAGUUCAUUUCUGCCGCAGAAACCUUCCAAGGCGUGAUGAAACUGUUACAUUGGUAGAUGAAGAGGGAGAAGAGUACCCAACAGUAUACUUGGCUAGGAAGGCCGGGCUUAGUGGUGGAUGGAGAGGAUUUUCAAUUGAUCAUGGUUUGGUAGAUGGUGAUGCAAUCGUAUUCCAACUAAUCCGACCUACAGUAUUUAAGGUGUACAUCAUAAGGGCAAAUAGUUUUAAAGUGGGUAACAAGGAUCUUUGAAAUGUCUUGCAUGUUUGAUCCUUGGGGGGCGAAUGAGCAAAUGCAGGUGAAAAGAAUGUUAGUUGCAGCAAAGUUGAUAAGAGUCUCUUCUUCUUCUUCUCUCCUUUUUUUUUAGUGUAUUUAUUAUUACUUGUUUGGAGAAAUGCCAAUCACUGAUUUAGAGGUGUAGCUUAGCUUUGGCAAUCAACAAUGAUGGGCACACAUGAUUUUUGUAGUUGCUGACCUGCCCAUGUGUAUGUAUGAACUGUUGCUAUUAAAUCUAAAUACUAAUGGUGCUCUUUGGACCGUCCAAA